AUGUAUUUAGAGAAUCAUGCUAAAGCACUUAUAAAUUAUUAUAGUAGUUCAGAUGAAGAUAGUAAUGAAGAUUAUAAAAAGAAAGUUAAAUAAUAUAGAAAUGAUAUUAAUGAAACAGAUGAAUAUGUUUUAAAAUUGAAAUAAGAUAACUUAAAUAAUGUAUUUAAUAUUUGAAUAUAGAAAUAAACAAUAACUGAACUAUUAGAUGAAUUAGAAGUAUAUUAAAAAAGAAUUAUAUUAUUAAAGUAGGAAUUAUUGGAUUAAAAGAAAUUAGCUUAAGAUUCUUAAGAUCAAUUAAAGAGAUUUAAAGUGAAGAAAUAAUAAGAUAGAACUUUGUAAGAAUAGAAAAAAUUUCAAGAGUAAUUUGCUUUGUAAAGAAAUGAUGCUCUUGAAAAUUUAAGAUAUCAUUUUGAUUCAACAUUAUAAUAACUUACACCAAAACCUAGUAAUAGAUGA